AUGCAUAGUCCAUAUCUAAAUACUGAAGGUAACCAAGAGCGAGAUCCUGAUAUUGAACGAUUCGACCAAAAUGGCGACCUUAUUUUGGUGGUCAAUAGUCAGCUUACAAAAAAAACAAGACGCUUUCUUGUAUCCUCAAAUUUGCUGGGUCUUGCUUCACCGGUAUUCAAAGAAUCUUUCGGAUCCAAUAUUCGCGAAGGAUUGUUGGCGAAUCAGGCAUGUCCAGAAGAAGUUCCAUUACCUGAGGAUGACCCAGAUACAAUGGGUGCCCUACUUGCUAUUCUUCAUUAUCAAGAGCCUCAAGAUAUAGCUCAUAUGGAUACCAUGUGGCUCGCCAGCCUCGCCAGUCUCUGUGAUAAAUAUGACUGUGUAAAGGCAUUUCGAGCAUGGUUUUCAAUUUGGUUCAACAAUAUCAAGGAGGAUAUUCUCAGUCCACAAGACUACGGCCAUCUAAUGGUUGCCGCUCAUCUAAUUCAAGAUGGGAAGCUAUUCACCGAAUUGACCGUGAAAGCUCAACUGAGACUGCCUCCUGCAUUUGCUCUUGAAUGGGAGAAAUCUGAAAUUAUGAAAAGGCUGCCUGGCACUAUCAAAGGGGACCUGGAAGGCCGUAUCAAAAAGCUGCUGAAUCUCAUGCAGUACGAGCUUCAAUCUAUUGAGGCCUCUCUGAGAGACCAUCAAAAAGGAAGUUGGACUGUAUGUGCUGCGGACGAGCACAUCCGAUUCUGGCAAAAAAGUGUCAUCCUUGUAAAAAUAUGGAUCUGCUUCCGAAGUAUUGUACUAGCGAUCACAGGGUUGCGGAAUACUUCUCAGCUUUACGGAGAGCAGAAGUAUGGCCAUUUCAGACGCUUUCUGCCUCAGAACUCGCACUCCGCAUCUCUUGUGCCGUACAAGAUCUUGCAAAUAGACAUAGCUGUACAGCUGGAUAUUUAUGUCCACUCCAGAGAAAGUUGA